AUGACUCGACCGCCGCUCACCCUCGAGUCCUCGAUUUUGAUCAUCGGCGCCGGAACAUGGGGUUGCUCAACGGCCCUUCAUCUCGCCCGUCGAGGAUAUCGGAAUGUUCGAGUUCUCGAUCCAUUCGCCGUUCCAUCGCCCAUUGCCGCAGGUAAUGAUAUCAACAAGAUCAUGGAGCAUAAGGAGCUCAAAGAAAACCAUCGCGAUCCCAAAAGUGUGGCGUUCGUCACCUGUACCCGAGCAGCUUUGAAGGGAUGGCAAACAGACCCCGUCUUUGCUCCAUAUUUCCACGAGACUGGAUUCAUCGUUGCCGCAAGCACCCCCGAGCUCAUCGCACAUCUCAAGAAGCAAGAGAUCGAUCCCAUGCAAGCUGAUUUUGAGGAUCUGCAGACGCCGGCGGACUUUCGCAAUACCAUGCCUCCGGGCGUGUUGACGGGGGAUUUCCCCGGCUGGAAAGGAUGGCUGAGCCGCAAAGAUACCGGAUGGAUUCAUGCGCGCAAGGCCAUCGUGUCGGCUGCCACGGAAGCCAAAAGACUCGGGGUUCAGUUCAUCACUGGGAGUCCCGAGGGCCAAGUGGUGGAGCUGAUUUACGAGAACGGGGACGUCAAGGGCGCCUCGACAGCGGAUGGCAAGCGACACAUGACUGACUAUACAAUUCUGGCGGCCGGUGCUGGAUCUGAUCAGCUUCUGGACUUUGAGAAGCAGCUCCGCCCAACGGCUUGGACGAUCUCCCAUAUUCGCAUGUCCCCCGAAGAGGCGCAGCAGUAUCGGAACUUACCGGUGCUAUUUAAUCCUGGAAAGGGCUUCUUCAUUGAACCGGACGAGGACCACCACGAGCUGAAAAUUUGUGACGAGCAUCCGGGAUACUGCAAUUUCGUGGAAGAUUUCCGACGACCAGGGGAAGAGAGAAGUGUCCCAUUUGCCAGAGAACAAAUUCCACUGGAAGCGGAAGCCCGGGCGAGAAGUUUCUUGCAGGAAACCAUGCCUCAUCUGGCGGAUCGGCCACUCGCAUUCGCGAGAAUCUGCUGGGACACCGACACGGUCGAUCGAGCGUUCUUGAUAGAUCGACAUCCUCGAUAUGCCUCCCUUGUGGUGGCCGUGGGAGGGUCUGGGAAUGGAGCCAUGCAGAUGCCGGCCAUUGGUGGAUUUAUCGUCGACGCACUCGAAGGGAAGUUGCAGGAUGAAUUGAGCAACGUGGUGCGGUGGCGGCCGGAGAUGGCCAUUGAUCGGGAUUGGCAUUCUACGCAGAAUCGGCAUGGGGGUCUGCACAAGGUCAUGAAUUUGCAAGAGAUUAAGGAGGACGAGUGGACCUGCAUCAACAAGUGA